AACCGCGCAUGCUCGGAAGGUUUCGGUCCGGCCCUCGGUGUCAUGGCGGCGCUGGAUGGGACGGGGGACCGCACGCUUUUCACCGAAGGUGUCCGGAGCGCUCUGGAGGCCUGGCCCGCCUUGCAGGUGGCGGUGGAGAAUGGAUUCGGUGGAGCUUACAGCCAGCAGAAGGCAGCAUGGAUGGUCACGGCUGUGGCUGAGUAUUUCCAUGACAACGUUAACCUGGAGAGUGAGGAGGUGGAGGAUCUCCUGGCUGACCUGGUGUACAAUGAGUUUGACACUGUGGUAGAAGACGGCAGCUUGUCUGAGGUAGCACAGCAGCUGCACACCCUCUUCGGCCUGUGUGAGAGGGGCCAGGAAUCAGAGGUGAGGGCUCGCAUCCUCCAGCUGGCGCAGAGGAAGGGCAGCGUCAGGGUGAAUGCCGUACGAGGUGGGAGCCCGGGCAAUGAAGGGAACGAGGAAGAAGAGGAUGAGGAGGAGACAGAGGAGGUGGACGAAAGCUCGGAGGCCAUGGAGUGCGAGACCCGGGAACCUGCGAGCGAGUCAGCCCACCCCAGCGCCCUGGCAGAGCCCCAGGGGGAGCCGGCCAACGGCUGGACAGUGGUACGGCGGAGGAAGAGGUAGCAGGAGCAGGUGGUCAGCCCUUUCUCCCCCCAGCCCCUCCCCCAGUCCCCCAGCCUCUCCACUGCCACGCCUCCGUCUCCCAGCAGCUGGCCAGCGGACAAUGCAGUGUGAAUGGGGAAAACCAGCAGAGCCUAGGAACCCCAGGGGGGGUGCGGGGGAGUGUUGGUAACGUGCAACCU